AUGACCAACUCUUUGACCGUGUGGAACUGUCAAGGCUCCUCGGUGACUGAGAGGCAGGGCUGUCUGUGGACGAUGAGCCGCUACACCACGCUGAAGCAGCUGGGGGCCGGCAUGUAUGGCGACGUGUUCCUGGGAAAGAGCAAUGACACUGGGGAGCAGGUGGCUGUAAAGAGGAUGAAGAGCAAGUUUCAUUCUUGGGAUGAGUGUUUGAAUCUAAGAGAGGUGAAGUCACUGAAGAAGCUGAACCAUGACAAUGUGGUGAAACUAAAGGAAGUCUUUAGAGAAAACAACUACCUCUAUUUGGUCUUUGAGUCUAUGGAAGAAAACCUCAAUCAGCUCAUGAAAGGAAGAGACAAGUUGUUCCCUGAGUCAGUCGUCAGAAAAAUGACAUCUCAGAUAUUACAGGGACUGUCCUAUAUUCAUGAACAUGGGUAUUUCCAUCGUGACAUGAAACCGGAGAACUUGCUCUGCACGGGCCCAGAGCUGAUUAAGAUUGCUGAUUUUGGACAAGCCAGAGAAAUCCGCUCGCAGCCACCUUACACUGAAUAUGUGUCCACAAGAUGGUACAGAGCCCCAGAGGUUCUGCUAAAGUCAAACUCCUACAGCUCACCCAUUGACAUCUGGGCCGUGGGAUGCAUCAUGGCGGAGCUCUACACACUCAGACCCCUGUUCCCCGGCAAAAACGAUGUGGACGAGAUCUUCAAGAUCUGCCAGGUGCUGGGAACGCCGAAGAAGUCAGACUGGCCUCAGGGCUACAACCUGGCUACCUCGAUGAAUUUUCGCUUCAAUAAGUGCGUCUCCACCAGCCUCGGAUCUCUGAUCCCCAAUGCCAGCAACGAGGCAAUCACACUGAUGACAGACAUGCUGCAGUGGGUCCCUGAAAAAAGACCAAGUGCUGCUCAGGCUCUCCAGUAUUCAUACUUCCAUGACGGCCAGGCAAAGAUGUCCAAGGCGGAAGCAGAAACAAAGCCUCUGUCCCUCUGUAAGACGGACCUAGAGUCCAGCGAGCCAAUUCGGACAAAGACCUGCAGCCGGUCUCUCCCCCAACACCUUCAGCAGAUACUCCUGCCUCAGGAUAUCAAGGAGCUGAGCACAAAACCAGCAAUGUGUUCCACCAUGCUGACAGAGGGGCAGCAGGAACUUGUCAGCUUUGUGAAAAACAGGCAACCGAUGAGCUGGCAUGCUGUAGGUAUAACUGAGGUAGAGCGACCAAAUUUCACAAUGAGACCUUCUUGGGACUUCAUGUUUUUUUUCUUUGUAUGUUCAUUUUAA